AUGGCAAUGAUGGCAAUUUUCCUCCUCCUCCUCCUCCAACGCCUCUUCCACCACCGAAAUAACCGGCCACCGGGACCAAAACCGCGGCCAAUCAUCGGAAACCUCAAUCUCAUAGGUGCUGUUCCUCACCUCGCCUUUCAUGCGCUAUCCAAAAAAUAUGGACCCAUCAUGCAUCUCAAGUUAGGCUUCAAAGACAUCGUAGUUGCCUCCUCCUCUGACGUUGCUAAAGCCUUCCUCAAAACUCACGGCUUCACCUUCUCAUCACGACCACAAACAUCUGCCGGCAAGUACACAGCCUACAAUUACUCUAGUAUUCUUUGGGCCCCCUAUGGCCCACACUGGCGCCAAGCUCGCAAGAUAUGCAACACAAAAUUGUUCUCUCACAAAAGCUUAGAAUCCUACGAGUAUAUCAGAAAGGAAGAGAUGAAGAGUAUUUUGAAAAAACUUUUUACUUCUUCAGGAACAACCAUAUUACUUAAAGAUUACCUUUAUACUUUAAGCCUAAAUAACAUAAGUCGCAUGGCAUUGGGGAAGAAUGGCGACUCCUACGUUUAUCGAUCCUUCCUUUUCGGGGAGAUCACGAUCCGGGCGCGACAGGGACAGUUUAGAAAACUUUUGGAUGAGUUUUCCUUGCUGAAUACCUUUGUGAAUAUUGGGGAUCUAAUCCCUUGGAUCAAUUUCUUGGACUUGCAAGGUUAUAUGAAGAGAAUGAAAGAUUUUAGCAUGAAGUUUGAUAGGUUUCUAGAGCAUGUGUUGGAUGAGCACGAAGAGAAAAGAAAAAGGGUUGAAAAUUAUGUGGCCAGAGACAUGAUGGAUGUGCUUUUGCAGCUUGCGGAAGAUUCCACUUUUGAGGUCAAACUUCAAAGGCACACUGUCAAGGCAUUAACUCAGGCUAUUGGCAGAGAUCCCACAAUAUGGGAGAACCCUAAUAUGUUUUUCCCAGAAAGGUUCAUUGGUAAGGAUAUUGAUGUGGUAGGACAUCACUUUGAGUUAUUGCCAUUUGCGAUUGGAAGAAGGAUCUGUCCUGGUUACACUCUUGCUCUAAAGGUGGUUCAAUCAUGUUUGGCAAAUUUAGUGCAUGGGUUUUCAUGGAGCUUGCCAAAUAACAUGAUAGAGAUGGACUUGAACAUGAAGGAAACUUUUAGGCUUACUAACUUCAAAAAGCUACUACUUGAAGCUAUUAUUAAGCCUAAGCUUUCUUCUUAUCUUUAUUUCUAG